AUGGGGAAAUUUUCCUUGUGUAUAGAGAGCAAUUUGCGGGAAGUGAAUAGCCUUCUCGCGUUUCACAACGUCCACCCGCAGGUCCGUGCAGAUGUGCAACGACGUCUGCAGCGCCUCACUUACCGCGUCUAUGAUCACAUUGGAACCCUUGUACCAGGCCGAAGCGAGCCUGCAGAGGACGUCUGUGCGGCUGUGGUACAGGAGCUUGUCGAGAAUACGAUCCAAAAAGCUCUUCCCGGCGUUGAACUUGCCGCAGAAGAGAGGCGGUCGGCGGCGUUUCAACAGCGCACGAGAGACCUUGAGCUUGAACUAAGCAAGAGUGAGCAGCAGUGCCGUGAAUUGGGGGAGAGACUUGAUCGUUUCCGUAAGGCGCAUAAUUUUAUGCUGCGUUGUUACUUUCGUGAGGUCCUCUUGCUGCGAUACCAGCUGCAGGACGCCAUGUGGAGGCGACGAAGGUCACAUAAUUCCCAGGCGCAAGGUGGGCAUUUUGGUGAAAAUUUUAAGGAUUCCACGUCACGGGCUUUGCUGGCCGUUAUUCCGGAAACCAAGACGCCGAAGUCGGAGUAUGCGUUGCCGACGAUACAAGCAUCGUCGAACCUGUCACUUUCGGAAGCCGUUCAAAAUAACUCCACAUCUUCUGGCAGCGCUGAAGCCAUAAUGGACUCCGAGCCCCAGCUCUCCACGACAAGUGAAUUGGGAAAGAAUAAUGCGCCGUCGUCGCCGUCGACAACGGGGGCUGUCGCAAAGCAAAGCAACGCGGUUGUCAAAGUCUCAUCGUUGACCACAAUGCCCACGAGUGAAGUUCCCGCAAAGCACGUCACACCGAUACCGGCGGUCCUGGCAGUGGCGGGAGUCUCUUCGUUAUCCCAACCGGCGGAAAUGCCACAUUCAUCACCGUUAAUAUCAGGAGUGACAAGACCGAAGCCAGCCCCUAGGAAGGUAGAAACAAAUUUUGUGACCGUGAAUGCAGCUUCAGUGAAAGGAGUUGUUCAACUUAGGACGGCGUCAACGCAGACCAUCCCGCUUAUGGGUGAUGACAGUGUGGGCGCCGUUUUUGACUAUGAACGGUACAUCCGGCAGCUGAAUCGCCCUCGAAGAGGAAGUGCAUUAUCUGUCGAGGCUGAGAUAAGCAAAUCACCCCAGCCUAAAGUCUUGUUGGAGGAACAGCGACGGCGAAAGGCAAAGAGGCUUCAGCUUAUGAAACAGAAAUUUGCUCAAUAUCAGGAAAAUGCUGCCAACGCAACUUUGAGCCCGAGUGGAAAGAAAAGUGGAAUGCUCCAAGCGUUCAUUUUAGGCCGAAAAAAAUCAGCGGCAAUGGAGGGGAGGAAAACGCUACUGGAGGAGUUCAAUGAAAUUUAUCUGGGUGUGCGAGGAUUACGGGAGCAGCACUUUAAGGACAUGGUGAGAUUGAAAAAAGAGAUGGACUCCAUAGAGUCGAGCGUGGCUCUUCUAUUGGGAUUUUUUGGGACAUAUGCGGAAGAGGUAAGCCGUCUGGCAGCCGUCUUGUCGUGUGAGGAAGGGGCGGCGAGUAGUACGAUGAAUGUUACAAUGAAGAAGGAGGACGAUCCAUACCGGCGACGUGCGGUGAUGGACUACUUCUCUGCUGCGGCCUCCGUGGGGGCAAAGCCGGUGUUGAGCUCAGAAAAAAGGGAGAAUGAGGAGAUGAAGGAAUUUAUAACGCUGGAACAACAGGAGCAGCGUAAACGGCAAAUUUUGUUUUGGGAAAACAACCCGGUGACGUUACGCGCGAAGGCGGCCUUUUUUGAGCUUCAGGCGGCAGCAGCGAAGCUGCGGGAAGAGUCCUCUUUUCGAAAAGGACAAAAAGGGGCGAUGGAUCUUUUGCCAACUGUCGUGGGAUACGACGCGUUUAGCUCUGCUCUUUUCAAAGACUUGAUCAGGGGCAAAAGUGAGCAGGAAGAAGAAGAAGGGAACAGGGCGCUUCUGUUACUUUCUCGGGAGGAAAAACUUAAAACUCUCGUUCAGCUUCGCAUGAAGCGUAUUUCCCACCGUGCUCGGCAUCGUACUCAGUUGCGUCAACUUGCGGAUGGCGCAAAAAAAGGGAAGAAGGGGGAAUAUCUGCAGAAAAUACUCCUUCGGGCAUCGUUACACGAGAAAACAGUGGAACGGCUGACACGGAUGAUUAAUAAGCUGUUGCGUGACUUGGGUCUCUCUGGUGAGGACUUAGAGGCUCAACGGGCAUUCUUUACGAAAAAUCUCGCAAGCUCCCCAUAUCUAUGUGAAUCCGGAGGGAAUUUGCGGGAAGACGAGGAGAGCGGGGUUGUGUAUGUGCCUCUUCCUGUGAGCACGCGGCACGCGGGAGAUUUAUGUGCAGCACUGUCCUCUAAUCCAGCAGGUUAUAUCAUGUUCAACGAUGAGGUCAUUCCCAUUGCUAACGUGACUUAUAGCGUGCGUACCGGUCUUCCUGAUAACGUAGAGCAAUUAAGAGGACAAAGAAGUGCUGCCGCGGCAGAAGCAGGCGGGAGAGGUACGCGGCGUGUGCUUCCAUUUCAUGGUACUGUGGUUGACUACUAUCCUGGAGUGCAGUUGGGAAUUCCGUUAGGCGACAACCAUGGACCGAUGUACGUCUUCUGGGGUUCAGAUGAGGGGUCUUUUUUUCUUGUGGAAGAUGGAUUAGAUGCCGAAAGAACUGCAUCUCAAAGGGCGCCACCACUGACGGCGCGGCAGGGGCAUCAGCAACAACUCGGACAGAAACGUAAUGUAAAUCUCUCGACAAUAUUGUUGUCCCCGCCGUUGCCUGAACCCGAAAGAAUGAGACCGUUUGUGACUCACAGCUCAGGUGCUUUCGUCACAUCGCCUAGGGAUGCGUCGGGGAUAGAGACAUCGCCCGUAGUAACUUACGCGUUGGAACGGGUAACGCCGGCUCCGUCUCUUACUCUGCAAGAAGAGCGAGGCAAGCUGCCGUCGUGCUCUCCGCCUGCACCGCCCACAAUCCGGCCAUUUCGCCCAAUGAUUGUUGGGCCAAACAGGGAAGAGAGGGAUCUAAUGCGAAUCGAGUCCCUGUCGGCGCGGCGGGGUGCGGGAGGGGCGAAUAAAGUGACAUCUUUAUCAUAUGGAGCAGACACGGCACUGGCACGUCUUAAAGGCGCCCAGCGCGAACGCCAACAAAAGACGGUUGCGUCAUCAAAACAGACACCCACAAAUGGCAAAACACAGGGGAGAACGCCGAACGAUCAUUUCUUCCGCAUGCGGCUUCCUUAUAAACGUUCGACACUGCCGCCAGUCUUCGAGUAG